AUGGCGGGCAAAGGCAAGGGACGCGCUGCUGACAGCGUUGUUACUGCAGGAAAUCUGCCUCUUACAUCGCCUGCCGCCCCUUCUUCUGCCACUCUCCCUACGAAGCCUGUCGCCAUUGCAGCUGGAGCAGCGCUGCACGGAACCGACUCUACUUUAAACACGAUCCCUUCGCUGCUCCCGCCUCGCCCCAACUUCCCCGCCUUGCGCCCAGCACCUGCUGAAUCCUCGUCUCGCCCUCAUACCCCCGAUUCUAAGACCGCUGCCGCUGUCUCAGCCGCUGUUCCUGACGAAACAACGUUACUUGACUCGCCGGAAGACCACCCCUCCUCUUCGUUGAGCGCACUUCAUCCCAACUCUUUCACAACACCACGUGUGCUGAAGGUUAGUGGCACGCACAACACGCCAAGGCGCAAGGGGUGGUGGACCGAAGAACUGGUCAGCGAGAUGGAUAGCGCGUUCGUGAUGCUCGAGCAGGAGCAGUGGUUUGCUGUCUCUCUUCCAGGCGAUGAUCUCUCCGCACAGCAGCUCGAGGAUGCGGGAAAUUUCCAGGAUAUCCCUGUAACUUCACCAAAGGAAUCCACGACGUACCCUGGUUAUUGCUCGACGUUCAACAAAGUAAAUCAAAUCGCCGGUGGCAAAUAUUGCACCUACGCCACUGGGUUGCAUCCCGAGCUGAAGGAUGUGGAGACCGGGAUGAAAACUGACCUGUGCACGUACAAAGUGGGAGGUCCAGGCAAGCAGGCGUUUGAGCUCGGUGCUUCGACCCUCAAGAAGAGUACCGCGAAUAAGGAUCUGCACCAGAGUCUCGCACGCACAGCUUGGGCAUAUAUCGUCACGCCGUUCGAGAUCAAGACGUCCUUGGAAUCCGCACCAUUCCGUCUCGACGUACAUCAUCUCGAACCCUCACAGACGCAGGAAGGGCGAAAGGCACGGGCCCAGAUGACUAAGUACGCUGCUGAAAUACAGCUGCGUCAGCACCGCCGAUUCGUCUUCACGGUCUUCAUUUGCGAGCGCAUCGCCUGGCUGUUCCGCUGGGACCGCACCGGAGCAAUUGUUUCUCGACCGUUCGACAUCUUCGAGAAACCUGAGCUCCUUCUCAACUUCGUCUAUCGCGUCGCGAGAGCUUCUCCGGCGACAUUGGGCUACGAUACCUCGGUCGAGAUUAUGAGGUCCGACGACCCACUGCUCGAUGCGUUUAAUGCCUACCGCGAGCGCCAAGCGAGCGACUCUUGGCCCCGCGCCUUUGCGGACGACAUUUGGGUCAAUAAGACGUUCUAUCCUCUCUGCAAGGUACAGUUUUUAUUCCUCAUAAUGCAUGUGUUCUCCGAGAGCCUGAUUCUUGAUCAGGUGGUUUGCGAUGAUGUGGAUGGCUUGGAUGAAGGCAAGAAAGCACAAGUUUCCCCUCGCACGUACACAUACAUAAUCGGUCGGCACCGUUCGGGCUCACGGUCUCCGACUGGUCGCGGCGGCAAAGGCUUCAUAGCUUACGACGUAGACCGCGCCCGGCUGGUCUUCAUCAAGGACUAUUGGUGCGCUGACCACCCCGAGGUUCACCCUGAACUUGAGGUGUACAGAAAGCUCAACGCUGCCCGACUUGCCAACGGCUCACCGAUCUCGCACAUUGCAACUGCGAUCGCAGGAGGAGACGUUGACGGACCGAAGGGCCAAGUAACUUUGACACAGGAGUAUCUUGCCGCCACCGAUCGAACAAAGGGUAAACCUGCAAGACGUUUUCACCAUCGUUUUGUAGUCUGGCAGGUUGGGCGCCCAUUGGAGACCUAUGACAACGGCUUACAGCUUGUGAGUACUGUGUACCAAGCAUUGUUAGCUCAUCGUAAUGUGUAUGAGAUAGCAGGCAUACUACACAGAGACAUCAGCAUAGGAAACAUCCUCAUCGACAUCGAAGUGCCCGGCGCUAUUCUCAACGACUGGGAUCUCUGCAAGUAUCGAAACGAAAUGAAUCGGACGGCGACUCAGCAUGCCCGUUCCGGAACGUGGGCAUUCAUGUCAGGUCCACUUCUGGAGUAUCCCCUCAAGCCGAACGAACUCCCGGACGACCUGGAGUCUUUCAUCUAUGUCUUAGAGCUCAGCGUCUUACGGUUUCACGACCACUCCUUGACAACACAUCCGUUUCCUCCCGACACGCCACACAGGGUUACCGGUGCACCGCUGCGGAAUUCGGCACUGGCCAGAUUCGUGGGCGUGAAAUUCGAUGCCGCAGACGAAACGGAUGAUGGCUAUGUCGUCGGCGGGGCCCAGAAGAUCCUACACAUGCAGCUCGGCGUCCCGGGAUUCACCAUGACGGAAGAGUCUUCUCCGUUGUGGGCGUUGCUACAGGGCUUGUACAAGCUCGGUCGCGAGCAUUAUGCUACCGUGGACGUGGACGACUGGCGGAAAAAAUGGGGCGCUACUCGACGACGGCGUAUCAUAGACAAGGAGAAGUACAAACCGAAAGCCAACAAUGCCUGGUUAAUGCAAGAUAUGGACAGUGUUGCCAACGGCCGUCCGCCCGUACCAGUAUCUCUUCCCAGUGAGUUGAACACUCGCCCGACCCCGGAGAUGACGUACUGA